GUUAACUGCUUCGUCACUUCCUCACAAGAAGAAAACAAAACUCCAAAGAGCUUUAUGCUAACUGUGUUUUGCACCGAUCUCGUUAUGUAGUUCAGUGAGUCACCUGCAUACACGGUUUUGAUCAACUACGCACCGAUAUACAAUAUACACUCCAGCUCACGGCUCCAAUACCACAAUAAACCAACGAAGGAACGAUGCAAGCGGGUGAGCCUGGUGUGCCGAUGGCAGUAGCAAGUUCACACAGCCGCUCAGAAGACGAAGAGUCGCUUGUUAUAAAAGAUGUAAAAAGGACAGCGACGCAAGCGUUUGGCAGUGGCGUUCCCAAACGUCGAAGUUCCUCCAGAUCAAUAAAGAGGAAGAAGUUUGACGAUGAGUUGGUGGAAAGCAGCCUCGUCAAGUCAUCAAGUCGAGUUAAAGUUCCUCCUCUCAUGGAACCUAUACGUUGCUCAGGUAGUGAGCCUUCAUCCAGCGAGAAAAAGAAGGUGGCAAAAUCAGGCCCAGCUUUGACGCCGUCUCUCACAAUGCUGAUGCAUCCGACGGCGGUAACUAAAAGGAUGAAGAAAAGUAAACAGCCGCUACACAUCACAAAAGACUUGGGUCGCUGGAAGCCUACUGACGACCUGCUGCUUAUUAAUGCAGUGCUGCAGACCACAGACCUCACAUCAGUUCAUUUGGGGGUCAAGUUCAGCUGUCGUUUCACUUUGCGGGAAAUUAAAGAGCGGUGGUAUGCGCUCCUCUAUGAUCCCGUCGUCUCAAAACUCGCGUGGCAGGCGAUGCGGCAGCUUCAUCCGGAAGCCGUAGCGGCAAUACAAAGCAAAGCUCUCUUCAGCCAGGCUGAGGAAGUACUACUGGCCAAGAUUGGUUCGACGAGUCAGCCCAAAUUAGACAUAUUCCAGGAGCUUCUGAGUAAACACCCAAGCGUUUUUCACCAGUCGCGCACCCCCAAAAGUCUGCUGGUCCACUGGCAGCUUCUGAAGCAGUACUACCUACUGGAUGACCAGAGUGUCCAGCCGCUCCCAAAGGGGGACCAAGUCCUGAACUUCUCUGAUGCUGAGCAGAUUGUUGAUGAGGUCAAGUUAAAGGAGAGCAGAGAUGAAGUAUUGGAACAUGAACUGAUGAUAUCUGAUCGUCACCAAAAAAGGGAGAUCAGACAGUUGGAGCAAGAAUUACCCCGCUGGCAGGUCCUCGUGGAUAGUAUCACAGGGAUGAGCAUGCCUGACUUUGACAACCAGACGCUGGCCGCUCUCAGAGGACGAAUGGUACGCUACCUCAUGAGAUCGCGAGAGAUUACACUUGGCCGGGCAACCAAAGAUAAACAGAUAGAUGUGGAUCUGUCACUAGAGGGACCCGCCUGGAAAAUAUCAAGAAAACAAGGAAUCAUUAAACUGAAGAAUAAUGGGGAUUUCUUCAUCGCCAAUGAGGGCAGGCGGCCCAUCUACAUUGAUGGCAGACCUGUUCUGUCGGGCAACAAGUGGAAACUAAACAACAACUCAGUGGUGGAGAUCGCAGGACUACGCUUUGUGUUUCUAAUAAACCUUGAACUCAUCUCGCUCAUCAAAGCCGAGGCAGCCAAGAUGACGCAACAGUGAACACUCUACUUCGUACUGUAUAUAGAAGUCCUUUGGACUUGGAUUUUACAAGCUGAUCUAUGGACAUUUUCCAUGUUGUACCGUAGACACUCAUGGUAGAGAGCUUUUCCAGGUUUCCACAUUGUUUUAUUUAAAUUGUGUAGUGAAUCUUUUCCAAAAUAAUAAACUGGUAUGCACACAA